UUCCCCUCUUCGCUCAUGGGUGAUGGGGGAAGGGGAGGGUGGAGCGAGAGAAGGAGGGUUUUUAUUUUCACUAAUGCUUACAGGAGUGGUGUAAUUUCGCCAAUUGAUACCAGAUUUUUUAAGCGAUUGCACUGCGCUCAAAGGUAUGAUGUGAUGGUACGGCUUGGAGUGUGCUUAUGCUGCUACCCCCUCCGGGACCCAAACCUUUGUUCCCUUAUCAAAACCGCCGGUAACCAGAACCUCCUUCCCGUCGACGAUCCCGGUCCACAACGAUCUAACCUUCUCGCCGCCUUCCGAAGCCUUUAAUCUCGCCACCACCUUCCCAGUCUUCCGCUCGAUCCCCCUCACUACUCCGUCGUCGCCAUUGACCCAUACUCCGUCCCCUCCCACCCGCCAGCCGAACACGGCCGUGCUAUACGCGCUUUGCGGUGCACCAGUAAAUACCUCCAGGAUUACUUCCUCGCUGUCGACCCGAACAAGCAGAAACUUCAUGUGAGGCACCGAAGAUGUAACUAUCCCCAAGAGGGAGCUGUCAUUGGGAUGUGGGAGAAUGGACAUUGCAUGGAAGGUUACCCAUGACGUUGCCGUGGGAGACAGGUUUCGCUUCGAAUGCACUGGAAGCGAGGGGGUUAGGAGAUGGUAGUUUAGGAAGGUGCUGUCCCGGAGGGAGUAGACGAGGGCUUCCUCCCCGGUUGGGAGGGUAACGAAUGAUAUCCCCUCUGGAUGAGCCGAGAGUGGAAGCCUGUGGAGCUCGGAUAGCUUCGGCGUCCCCUCGUUUUCGCGGGUUAGAGAAUGUAGCACAAUGGUAUUGUCGUAUCCGCUGGUCACCACGUAAGGGAGCCUUUCGUGUGCGAGGACCUUCACAGCGUAUUUAGCGUGUGGCUUGUUACUGGAGAUGACGUCUCCACUUGCGGCGUCAGAUAUCGUCACGUGCCCGCUCAUUGAAGUGGAGAUGAGCCAUUCCGGCUGUAGAAUCGCGCAGCAGAGGAUUGCUGAUGAGUGCAGGUGAGCGUAGGAUCUCAGUAGCCUGUACGGUGCCCUUGCCGUGUAGAUUCUGAGGGCCCGGUCGGCAGUGGUGGCAAUCAGGCUGGGCCCGCCGAAGGCGCUGAUAUCUGCUACCAAUACGGAGAGGACAUUUGAAGCCGGAAUGCCUGGGUCUGAUACUAGGUGGGGGAUAGAGGGGUCUUUUAGUUGUCAGUUGAGCCCAGUAAGUGAUGGAGGAGACAGAGGAGGGGGAAUGGGACGGGGUUACAGGGAAUGGAGAAUUCCGGCUCGUCGUUGUCGGAGAUGGCAACUCUCUCCAAACUGAGUGACAAGUCAAACUGGCGCUUCUCAUCAAGCACUUUCUCUAUAGUCAGACCAUCACCCGGUCCAAGAUGGAGUGAUUUCUCGUCCAGAUUGGCCUCUUCAAGGAAGAUUUUGAGGGACUAGGAACGGUAGUUAACUUAGUGUUAUCGGCCCGAAGCCGGGGAGGAGUGGCGGGAACCUUUUCGUAGCCGUUCGAUUGCAAGAAGCGGGCCACAAGGAGCGCGGAAGAGUCGAGUGCGGGCAUGGCGGGGGUGACGGAUUAUCGGGGUAGGAUUGUCCGUGCUCCGACAGGAUAAUAUGAUAUGCAGGAUUAUGACGCCAUGGCCUGUCCAGAGCCCCAAUAGUGAGACUCGCUACUGUGCUCGUGCCCUACAGUACUGUACACAUCCGCUCAUCUCCCCUUCUGCUUUCCUGCCAUCCCAGUCGUCUACCGGUAUUUUGGGGUAAAGCACGCGGAUGGCGGUAGGCUGACCCAUUGGAUCUCCAUCACCAUCACCGAAGCUUGUCCGGUAGGCUGCAGAUGGGAUGGAGCUUGGGGUUCGCUUUCUUCUUGUCCCUCCCUCCCUCCCUCCGCGCCUUGCUGCCAAGGAGCGAAUUGAGGCUCAAUCGGACCCUAAACCCUCUCUAACCCUAAUUCCUUAGCUCCUCCAAGGCAUGCCGGUGGCCUCAGCCUACCCCAGCCUGAGGUAAAGAACAACUGUUACCGGAACCCGCAAACACCUCCCUGUGACUUGCCUUACUGCCAAACACCUAUCCCACUGCUCUCCCCUUGGACGUGUUCACAACUUAGCCCGAACAAAUAGUCCUCUAGUUCCACCCCAAACCCGACAUUUGUUCCUGAGGCAGGACAGUAUGGCGACAGGGUUCGCUCCCCCUCCGCAGGCCUUCGCCCAGGACGAUGUCCAACUGAGUUAUAACGAUUAUCAAGAUGAUCUUAUGGACUAUGAGGACGCUUCCGUCCUUCCACCGGCAGCGCAGCAGCAGGCACAGACACAGGCACAAAAUGACGGAACCGAAGCUAUGGAGAUGGACGAACCCGUCUCCGCAAACAGCAAUUUAACACCUGAGAAAGUGUAUCUAAGAGGCGUGGACAACAUGAAGACUAGCGAAGUUAAGGCCUUUGCGAGCGAGCAUUUUCAACCAGCACCGACCCGAGUGCAAUGGAUUGACGAUACCUCUUGUAGGUAGCGCUGGGCUUCGUUAUCCGGUUAUGGGUUAGCUAAUGUGAGGUAAUGGUAGGCAACCUCAUCUAUGAAUCGUCCGACAUUGCACUUGCCGCCCUGGGCUCUCUUGCUUUUGAAUUUGCGGAGCUUCCUAUCCUUCAGCUAAGGCCUGCUAAGGCGGCGUCCUCACAUCCGGAUUCCAAGUUGUGCGUUCGGAUCGCAAAAGUGGAUGAUAAGAAAGAACCUGGUGCUCGGGAUAGAAGCAGAUUUUACCUGUUCCAUCCUGAGGAAGAUCGCGUGGAGCAGAUGGAGCGAAGGUAUUCUUACUUCUUUUGAAUCCGCCGGUCUGUCCUGCCUAAUGAGCCCUAUGUUAACCAUCCGUUGUUCAGGAAACGCGAAGGCGCCCGCCACAGAGAAUACGAGAGACGAUAUUUCGAUUCCCGUGAACACGAUCGCCGCCGCAACCACAACCCCGAACAAUUUAGCACGGACUUCUACGAUGACGAUACGGCAACCCGGGAAAGCCGCAUCAGCGCCAGGCGAUCCCGUAGCUAUGAUCGGUCAAGGUCCAUCUCCCCCCCCCGGAGAAACAAAGAACUGUUCCCUGAAAGGAAGCGGGAGCCAAUGGAGGUCGGCCCACGGGUUAGAGGGACCAAGGAGCUAUUCCCGGAGCGCGUGGGACCUCUGUUGAGUAGAGACAGAGAUCGCGAUCCACUGGGCAUGGAGCGCGAGGGUUCUAGCUCUAGAGAGCUAUUCCCCAACAGGCUCGGUAACCAGCGUUUCAGAUCGGAUAGGUCUCUACCUCUGCAGAAAGGUAUUUCGCCUAGCCCUCCACCCCCUCCGGGGAGGGGUGGUUCGGUGGAUGGGCAGCUGGAGUUAUUCCCCAAGAAACUGGAGGAUCGAAUCUCCAUGCCCGGAAGAAGUUUGGAGGAUAGGAUCAACCUUGAUGGGACAAGCAAUGGAGAAGGGGGCAUCAAAAUCAGAGGGAGGGGUGUGAAGACCGACAAUUUAUUCGCGGAAAAGCUAAGGGCUUCUAAAGGCGAAGGGUUGGUGCUCGAGGAUAGCGGUGGGAGGAGGAGCAAAGGGAGGAGAAGGGAUAAGGCGGAGGAUAUGUUCAAUUGAACAAGAUGGCCCCUGAAGUUUUCCUUCUAAUAUUUCUUGCUCUAGCUUUUUUUUGCCACAAAAUCAUGUUUCCUUAUUACUUGGUGCUGAGUCUGCUUACUCUACAUUUGUUAUGCCCGAGUAACCAGACAUGUAAGCGUUUAGUGGAGAGAUACUACCAAUGAAACUGAGGGUUCUUUAAUCCUUCCGAGUUUCCGGGUUGCGCAGGAUGUACACUUUUCUCGGUCUAGUGAUUAGGAAUAAUUGCAUUGCCUGGAGUUUGAAUUUCUGAUAGCAUUGGCGUUUGUAUAGCUAUUUCGCAUUCAGGUGUUGUCUCCACAGCAAUCAUUUCUAUCCCACCUGUAUCUUAGCUUUGCAUAAUAAAAUUUAUGUACCUC